AACAUGUUCCAUUCACGCUUUAGUUACCGCUCUGUGAUCAUUAAGCGCGCAUCGUUUCUGCCAGCCGCUCGAACGGAUCGCUUGUUGCUUUCUAUAAGUCACUAUUUUUUUUUUUGUUGGCAUUGUGUGACGCGCGCUCACAAAGCAAAACUAAUUAAAAGUGCACACAAGCAAUGUAAAUAACAAUAAAAAAUAAACAAACUAAAUAAAAUUGCCAAAUCCAAAGUAACAAUUAGAAAUAAAAUUCAUAUAAUUACAAAGUGCACAAGUUUUAUAUAUGCAAAUAAGUAAAAGUAAAUUUAAUUUUUAAUAUAUUGCUUUCAAUUAUGUACCUACAUGUGUAUGUUUAUUUUGCCAUGCGUUUGAUUGCAAAAUAGAUACUGGGAUUUUUCGUAUUUAGUGUUUUCCCCUAUGCAUAUUGUUUACUACGUAAAUAUAAAUUUGCAAAGCUGUUCAAGCUCAAGAAUUUGUUCAUAUGUUUGCACGUGAGAUUAACGAGAGUCAAUAUUACCAAAUGUUCAAAAAUGUCCUGCUCUAAGGCGCUGCUGUUCACGUUACUACUGAGCUGUCUCUUGCUUAAUGCGCAAGUCGGUGGUAAAGAAUAUAUGCGCUGCCAACUGGCGAGAGAGCUUUUGGAAAAAUAUGGAAUCAACAAAACAUUUCUUUCAAACUGGAUAUGUUUGAUCGAGCACGAAAGCAAUAGGAAUACCAAAGUUGUGAAGCGAAAUCCCAAUGGCAGCGCAAGUUAUGGACUCUUCCAAAUCAGCAGCAAGGAUUGGUGUCGCGUUAGUCGCAAAGGUGGCAUAUGUGAUAUGAAGUGUGAAGACUUUAUUGAUGACAAUAUUGCCGACGAUGUGGCUUGUGCAAAAACGAUCUUUGAACGUGUGGGCUUCAAGAACUGGCCCGGUUGGCAAACGUCCUGUCGGAAUACGCAAAAUUUACCAAAUCUCGGCGUGGCGUGCAAUAUACAGACAGUGAGACCGAGUCGUACAUUGAGAUUUGAACACAAGUCUAAUUAUUAUAAUAUAUUUCAAAUAUCAAAUAGGUAUAGUCGGUAGCGGAGCAGAGCGCAGGGUAAUAGUUAUUUUUGUUGUAUUUUAUAUUACAACAAAGUGCUCGAGCAAACCUACAUACAUACAUAUGUAUUUUCCUAACAGUUAUGACCUAUUGGCAAUGCUACUUACUGAUUGAACAAACGAAUACUUAAACAAUAAAAACAAAAAACCAGGUACUUUUCCAGAGGCAGAGAGCAUCGCGGCAAACUUUUUUCGUUUGCGUUUGAUUUUUUGCCGCACGAAAGCCCCUCAAAACAAAUCGGAAACAUUAAA